AUGGCGAACGCAGAGGUAGAGGCGGUGGAUUUCGAGCCCGAGGACGAUGAUCUCAUGGACGAGGACGGUGCGGUGGAUGUCGACGCUUCGCCUAGGGCUCCGAUCCCAAAGCUCAAGUCCGCUAUCACCGGCGGAUCUUCUUUCUCCGUUCCUAAGAAAACUAAAGGCCGUGGAUUCCGUGAAGAGGCCGCUUAUAACGACCGCAACGCCCGCAUGUCCGAACGAUUCGAGUCUCUCGACUCACCUGAUCAAAAAAAGAAGUCUGUCGACUCCGAUGGUGGCCCCGGCCCCGAAAGAUCCGUUGAAGGUUGGAUUAUUCUGGUCACUGGAGUUCAUGAAGAGGCGCAAGAAGAUGAUCUUCUGAAUGCAUUUGGUGAGUUUGGGGAUAUCAAAAAUUUGCACUUGAAUCUUGAUCGGCGCACUGGAUUUGUCAAGGGCUAUGCACUUAUUGAAUAUGAGAACCCCCAAGAAGCACAGAGAGCUAUAAAUGAAUUAAAUGGAUCUGAAUUACUGAUGCAAAUCAUCAGUAGGUCCCUUCAGGAGGAGAAAUAUGCGGAGGAGGGACAUAUGACUUCUACUUCUGCUGCUUGCUUGGUAAAAGUUGCACUAACAAUGGAGCAUUUCGCAGUGGAAGGUAACGUGCUUGUCAAGAUUGUUCCUGAUCUUCCCUUGGAAAACAUAACUACUGGCUCUGAUUUUGGAAGCUGA